AUUUUGGAUUUUAAAACUUUAUCAAAGCCUAAUGAACAUUUCAUCAAAUUAUUUCUAAAGAGUGAAGAUAAAAUAUUGUUAGAGAGAGAAGAAAAAAAGGAACAACAAAACAACACAGAACUGUUAAAUAUUGAUUUUAUGUAUUCACAAACUCCCUUGCAAUAAAGGUACUGAUAACGUAGUGUGACAGUUGUUAUGACUGACUGAAGUAAAAGUAAAACAACUUGAAUACUUAAAAGACGCUACUCGAUUUGUAUUGAAUUCACCAAUAUACAUGACAUGAUCACGUUAUAAGUGUCAAUAAAAACAGAAAUAUUAACACCAUACUUGUGAAUUCAAUUUCGACGUAAACGACACAACCAAAGUUUAAAGAAAAAACUCAUCAAAAGCUAUUCAACGUUAUUGAAAAGUUUUCAGUUUACAAAUUGCUUCACACUGGAACGGAUUUUCACAGGAAGAAUUUGCAUUAUCACCAAUGUAGUAAAACAGCAAGCAAACAUUGAAUGAGAUUGUGCUUUGACGGCUUUUGCUUAGGCCCUCGGCGGCCAUUGGCCGUUGAGAAAAGUUCCCAAACUUCUCUCACUCUUUCAAACGCUAUCGAAACUCUUAAUAUUACUACAUUUUUCGACAAAACUUCACCAGCUCAUCAUUUUCAUCUUCAACAUAACUCAGAAUUUGACAAAGAAAAUAUAAAUAUUCAUCCAAAUUACUACGACAACGGCGGAAUGAUUACCUCUGAUGAUCCAAACGUUUCACGAAAUAAUUCAGAAUUCAAUAGCAGUGUCAACGAUUCAACAAUGUACAGCGAUAACAAUUCAAUGGCAUUACCAUCACAUCAAGCUUUAACCGAAUCAAUUGAUUCACAGAACAAUAAUAUCUCAAUUGAUAUAUCAUCGCAGACCGAUCUCGUUAAUCGAGGUGAUGCUGUGGAUAUGUUAAACAAUACUGUUCAGAAUAUUUUCAUAAACGAAGGCAAUGUUGAUGUCAACAUGCAAGAAGUUGAUUCAGAACAGAAUUUAACAGCUGAAGAGAGAGAUUUGAUUAAAAUUAUUCAAAUUAAGGAUAUGAAGAUAAAAGAAUUAGAAGACCAACUUCGUCGGAAGGAUGAAGAAAUUGCAAACUUAAAGAGUCAUUUGGAUAAGUUUCAAAGCGUGUUUCCAUUUCAUGGUGUACCGAAGCAACCGAUUCGAAAGAUUGGCAAUCGAAAUAUUCAGCGACAAAGAGCGCAAGGUAUUUCAGCUGAACCACAAAGUGAGAGCUCGAUGCACGACUUACUUAACGUUACUUUCCCCAAAUAUGAAAAGGAUGAGCAAUUGCUCGCAAAAAAUCACGCUUUUGCAUAUGUCCUCAAUAGCUAUUUAAAUCUCAUUACCCUUCUAGUGUUUGUUCAUUGAAGUGAAAAUAAAUUAAAAGACGUCAUGGAAAAGCCUCGAGAAAGGAAAUCUAUUGAAGAUACUGUGACAUCAUUGAGAAAAGAACUUCAAAUUCUUUACGAAUGUUUAAAAGAUAAAAACGAACAGUUGUUAUGUUAUGAGAAAGAUAUAAGAGAUCGUGACAUCAGUAUUAAGUAUUUGAAGAAUGAAUUUAAAAAGUUGAAGGAUUCCAAAGUGUCAACUUCGCAGAAAGGCGACAUAAACGCUGAAGAAUCUGAUGAGAAAGACACACAACCAGAUGAAAUUUUAAUUAACUUACGAAGGGAUCUAAAAGAUCGUGAAUCUUUAAUUAAAGAACUUAACAAGAAAAUCAUUCGUUUGUCAGACAAUUUAAUAUUCUUACAAAAAGAAAAUCUUAAGAAAGAUGAUCGCAAUCAUGAAAUGCAAAGGGAAAUUGAUAAGUUCAGACAAGUGGUUCGACCGUUUACAAAAGCUGUUGUUGAAAAUCGAUUAAAUGAAGACGAUUUCUUUCACGACACGAGUCCCGGUGUGGAAAACACGCGAGUCACGUUAACCAAUGAACCAUCUAGAUUAAAACGAACUGCUAUCAGCGCGGAACCUUUAUCACAAUUGCAGGGUGCACAAAACGACUUGGUGAAAAUUCCAAAAUGUACAACGUCUCGUCAAAUAAUAAAAUCAGCCAUAUUAGACAACGAUUUCAUGAAAAACUUGGACAUAACCCAAAUAAAAGAGAUCGUUGACUGCAUGUAUCCCGUUGAAUAUGCGGCAGGAAGUCUUAUAAUCAAAGAGGGAGAUGUUGGAAGCAUAGUUUAUGUUAUGGAAGAAUCUUGUUUUGCUUUAUUUGAUCGUAAAUCACGCAGCUUCUCAGAUGAUGUUAUAAAUUGUUGGCAAACCUUCGAACAAAGCAUCAAGAUGAAACUUAAAUCGUAUCCUGGUCGUGUUGUUGAUGCGAAUGCUUCAAUGGAUAAUCAUCAUUCAAUGGGAUUGUUGUAUGAAGCAAAUUGGACAAAUGCCAAUGAAAGGAUUAAACAACAAACUCCAUUAACCUAUUCAAAAAGUAGUGUCAAUGUAUCGUCAUUAGGGAGAUAUCAAGAUCAAUUAGAACAGAUUAAAGCUUAUGAAUCUGAUCGCAGUUUUACUUCCACAAUGAAUUUAUUUAAUGGCUAUAAACCUUCAACACUGAAAAUAAAAAAGAAUUUAAAGCAGCAUAAUGAAUGGGACAGCAGUGAUCAUAAAACGAACGAUGUCAUCCACAAUCCAUUGUAUAAUCAUGCCCAAAAUAACUGGCACUCGAAUGAUUACUUAGCAAACAACGUAAGUUAUGUUAGGACUGAUCCAAAAUUAAGACGAUCUCAAACAGUUAUUGUCAAACAACCAACAUCAACUUCAGAAAACUUUUACCACUCUAAUGUUCAAGGAGAAAUUGACUUAAAAGAUUUUUAUCGACGUCGUCAUCAGCUUCGGCAACUCGAAGAAAUGCACUUAAAUAAAUAUUCGAAAAAUUUGAGUGUUCACGAUCAAGAACGAACAUUAAAGCAAGUCAAUAAUAACGGCGGGUCUAAAAUUAUCUGUGAUAGUGUGUCAGAAAAAGAUUCCUUAAAAAAUAAAUGUUCCAGCAAUUUAUCAGCAUUAGUUCGAAAUAAUAAUGACACAGUUUACGAUACAAACAUUAAUAGAAUGAACUGUUAUAAAACAUUGAAUUUUUCCUCUAAAAAUAAAAACAAUGCAAGUGAAAAGAUUGGAAAUGAAAUUAAUGGCAGUGGUGGCACAGUGAACGCGAGAGUUUUGCUUAAUCCAUUAGCUCGCAAUAAAAGUAUCAAAAUUAAUCAUUUCGACAUGGUCACGACAGCAAAAGAACCACAAAAGUUGAAACCUGAAGAAAUUGAUGGAAAACUUUAUGAGACGAAUACGAAAAGUGAAAAGAAAGCCAAAAGAAACAGUCUCACUCGAAUGUUUUAUAACACAAUCUCGGCGGGAUCGAAAUUUCCACGAGUGUUCUUAGGACGAAGUGGAAAAAGUCAAAGAGCGAAAUUGAACCUCGGUGAUCUUGACGAGAACGGUGAAAGUCAACAGUCAAACUCUUCUUCCAUCUCAACUCUAUCAUCAUCAUCGCCAAUCUCUUCACCUUCGUCAUCGACCGUGAACAAUGACAAAGCUUAUGCUAAUUUGAAUAAAACAAAUCGUAAGCACGGCUCAGCUGGUAGUUCAGAUUCCGAUAAUUUUGUCAUACCAAGACCGAGGCUUAUUGUGCCUGUUCACACUUACGCUCGAAAACGGCGAACCGGUAAUUUAACUUCAGAGCAAUCGAUUUGUGAUACAAAUAAAAAUACCGUCUGUGAUAGAAACUCAACCAACUAUAAAGCUCUUAGAGCUUACCGGAGGAAUGUGUUAAUACAUAACGGUAGAGGAAGUGUUCCAAUUUUCAAAGAUCUUCCCGAAGAUACGCUCAUCAAAAUCUCUGAUGUACUUGAAGAAUGUUAUUAUCAAAAAGGCGAUUACAUUAUACGUCAAGGUGCACGCGGUGACACUUUCUUUAUCAUCUCGAAAGGCCAAGUACGAGUCACAAUUCGUCCGCAAGAUUCGUUUGAAGAGAAGUUUAUUCGCACUUUAGGCAAAGGUGACUUCUUUGGUGAAAAAGCUUUACAAGGUGAUGACUUGCGAACAGCGAAUAUCAUUUGUGAUUCACAAGACGGUGUAACAUGUCUGGUCAUAGACCGAGAGACAUUUAACCAACUUAUUUCGAAUUUGGAAGAAGUGAAAAAUCGUUAUGUCGAAGAAGGAAUCAUCGAGCGUAGAAAAUUAAAUGAAGAGUUCCGUGAGGUUCAGUUAGCGGAUUUACGCUUAAUCGCAACCCUUGGUGUGGGUGGAUUUGGUCGUGUCGAGUUGGUGCAAAUAAAUAAUGACACAUCGCGUUCAUUCGCUUUAAAGAAAAUGAAGAAAGCGCAAAUUGUUGAGACGAGACAACAACAACAUAUUCAAUCAGAAAAAGAAAUAAUGGCCGAGGCAAAUUGUGAUUUCAUCGUUAAGUUAUUUAAAACGUUUAAAGAUCGCAAGUACUUGUACAUGUUGAUGGAGAGCUGUCUUGGUGGUGAAUUGUGGACAAUAUUAAGAGAUCGUGGUCAUUUCGAUGAUGCAACCACAAGAUUUUAUACCGCGUGCGUGGUUGAAGCAUUUGAUUAUUUGCAUUCGCAAAACAUCAUUUACAGAGAUCUUAAACCAGAAAAUCUUUUGCUCGAUGUUACCGGAUACGUAAAAUUAGUUGAUUUUGGUUUCGCUAAAAAACUUCAAAGCGGAAGACAUUUUAAAACAUGGACUUUCUGUGGAACGCCUGAAUACGUUGCUCCUGAAGUUAUAUUGAAUCGCGGCCAUGACAUUAGUGCUGAUUAUUGGUCUCUUGGUGUGUUAAUGUUUGAGUUACUGACAGGUACACCACCUUUUACUGGACCCGAUCCAAUGCGAACAUAUAACAUAAUUUUGAAAGGAAUUGAUGCUAUUGAGUUUCCUAGAAAUAUUACCCGAAAUGCGACAGCUUUAAUUAAAAAAUUAUGUCGGGAUAAUCCUAGCGAGCGUUUAGGAUAUCAAAGAGGCGGAAUUCAGGAAAUUCAAAAGCAUAAAUGGUUUGAUGGAUUUUACUGGGAAGGCUUAAGAACACGAACAUUAACACCACCAAUUCUUCCGACUGUUAAAGAUGUUUUAGAUACAACGAACUUUGAUGAUUAUCCGCCUGAAGAAGAUCAGGGACUACCACCAGAUGAUUUGAGUGGCUGGGAUGAAAAUUUCUAAGCAUUUGAAAUAUUUGUAUUCUUCUUUAUCACCACAUUUUCAAAUACAUUUUUCUCUUCUUUUAUCAUAACUUUAUUCCCUACUUUUCUAUCUUAUAAUUUGCUUUUUUGUAUAAAAAGUUUAAAUAAAUAUAAAUAAAAUUUAAAGCUGUUGAAUCAAAUCAGAUA